UGAUGUUUCAGAUGGAGUCGAAUAAACUUAAUGAGGAAUAAUUUAAUCUCUUGGUAUAAGAUGGGGAACAAACAUAUAUAGUGCUUAAUUUUCACUAAUUACAGAUAAAUAUAAAGGACCUUGUUAUUAUAAAUCGUAAUUAAUAAUUUAAUGAUCUCCUAUUAUUUAAGAUAAAUUUUAAUUUAUAUUGAAUUUUUUAUCUAGUGUAUUCCAUAUAGAAUCAGAAGCUUAAAUGUUAACGCUUCCUAAACAUUCGAAAACUUCCAAGUAGAAUUAAGAAGGAGAAUUCAUAUAAAACUCAUAUGUUUGCAUAUUUUUAAAGGCUAGUUCUUAUAUAUAAUUACCUUAUGGAAUUAUAUAGCUAAUUUCUUAUGAAUUUAUAUUCAAUUCAUAUUUAAUUUGAUAUUGUUGAUAAUUUUAACUAUCAUGUUUCAAGGUUAUUUAAUACCAAAUAUUUGACUAAUAUUUAAUUUUAUAUUUAUAUAAAAUAAAAUUUUGGGCUUGAAAAUCCUCUUUUUCAUUUUCAAUUAUUAAAGGAGAAGUCUCUUCUUCAUCAUUUGAUGUCGUAUUUUAAAAUUACUAUAAAAUAAUUUCCGGACGUAAACCUCUUGUGAAUGUACUUUUAUUUUAAAUAUAAGUGCUGUAAAAUAAGCUUAGUUGCAUUUCCAAAAUGGAUGUUUAAGGCUCAAAAUAGAAUACUUCAUCGAUUCCGUAUUAUAUAUAACCUUUUUCUACAUUACCAAAGUCUAUAUAUUUAGGUUCAGAUGUUAUUUUUUUAUCUUCCUUUUUUUUUCUAUAAACCUUCACAUGUAUUUAAUAUAUAGAAGAUGCGUAAGCCUUUACCGAUAAAUAAUAAGUCCCCUUCAUAUCUUAAUUUUCUUCGUUUUCAUUAGUUUAUUAAUACACUAUUUAAUCUUGGUUUAUAUCAUAAGCAAAAACAGUAUCUUCAUUAUCAGGAUAGGGUGUUUUUUUGGAAGAAAAGACUGAUAUUUAGCCAGAAAUAGUUAUAUAUGAGAAUACUAUUUUAUAAAUAUUAUCUUUCGAAUUUUUUUUUAUAGAAAACUUAUAGUAUUCAGCAUGUCCUUGUUCUAGUGCACUUCUAUAGUUUGUAUUUUCUUUUAGUUUUAUAUAUGAAAAUGGGUGUUUUGCAAAAAGUUUAAAUUAAGUAUUUUUAAUUGCUUUUAUACCUACUGUAAUAAAACGUUUUUAGACUUUUUUUUAGUCGAAAAAGUCUUUUUUUUUUAUCGUAAUUUAAAUUUUGUGCUCUUUUUUGCUCUAUUCGGUACUUUUUAGGUUUAUUUAGUCGGCAUUUUAGUCAUUUAUAACACACUAUUCAUUACUGUUAUCACAUAUUUUUAUGUAAAAUUCUAAAUUAGAACCUAUUAGGAGAAAGGUGGCCUAAAAUUCAUCCUACAUUUCAUAUUUUAACGUCAAACUGUAGUUUACAAAGUCAUUCUAUUCUAAAUAGCCGUUCUCAGGAUAAUCAAAUAAUAAAGCACGGUCUUCAAAAGUAGAAAUAUAAUUAUAAAUAACAAAAGAAGCAGCCGAUUACCCAUAUACAAUCAAAUAAAAGACAUCAUUGAUGUCAAAGCUUUCCUUCUUAACUAAAGAUGGGGAUAAACUGAGACUUUCUGUACCCUCUUUUUAAACUGAAGACCAUUUAUAUUAGGAUGUGUCAGAUGGAUUAUCUGGUAAUUCGUUAAAUGUUAUAUAUAGGUCCGGAUUUCCCUAAAAAGGGUCUAGUUCGAAGGAAAUUUGCAUAUCUUUUUGGUUAUUUUUCUCAUUUAUUAAACUUAAGGAAUAAUCAUCUAAAAUAAGCUUGAAAAUACGUACCUGCUCUGCAUCAACCAUAUCGGAGAGGUCUUAAAAAAGAUGAAUUUUUCUUAUUUUAUAAAAAGAUUCAGUUUGAAAACUCACAAUAGCUUGUUUAGGUAAAUAUAAGGAAAUUACAUAAUUUUUCUAUGUUAUAUAUUCUUGGUUUUAAUUAGCCUCUAUUAAUACACUUUGGCCAUUUAACAUUAUUUCUUCAGCAUAAAAGUCGAAAUCAGAUGGAUUAGGAAUGGCUACUAAACCUUCCUUUACAUAAAGACGGAUAGGAGAGUUUAUUUCAGUCGGGUUUAGUAUAUAAGCCUCUAUUAAUAAGUGACUGAUGGGGAAAUGGUCAUCUGGUAUAUUUAAGUAUAUGAUUUUUUCAGUUGAGGUGUCUUUAUCAGCUCUUAGCAUUGUGUAUUCGUCUAUAAAUAAUUUAUCAGGGGCUUCUUGGAAUAUCUAGAUAUUGAAUACACAUUUGCUUUAGCAGAAAAUUCCCAUAUAGAUCCUCUUUUAUGUUUACUCUAGUUAAAAUGAACAAAAAUCUUAGCCUUAAAAACCACAUACAGUAUCACUUUGGUUAUAUCCGUUAGGAUAUUCUUCUUGAAAAGAAAUAAAUAAAGCAGGAGAAUGUAAAAAGUCUUCUUUUCCAGAAACAAUUAUUGUAAGGGGUAUAUUAUAGUUAAAGCCUUAAUUAUCUUCAGUGUCAAAAUAAAAAAAGGAAACUGGCUAGUAUAGAACUUAAGUUUCGAUUUUUCCUAUUAUUUUCUAAUUAUUGUUUAAAUAGAUUUCUUUAGAUUUCAUUUAAUACUAUUCACUUUCUUUCGGAGGAUUUUUAGAUUAUUAAUCUUUAUCAUCGGUUUAUUUUUCUUCUUCUUCUUUUUCUUCAUCCUCUUCUUUGUCUUCAGUUUAGACUUCUUCAUCUGAUUGAUCUUUGUCUUCUGAUUGUUCUUCAUUUUAGUCUUUUUUUUAUUAUUAUUCUUUAUCUUCUUAUUCAUCAUUUUAUUCAAUUUAUUCUUCUUCUAAUUUUUCAUCUUGGUUUUAUUAGGCUUCUUUUUAUUUUUAUUUUUUUAGUUCUUCUUCUUGUUGCUUUUUUUAUUAAGCUUUUUUUUUUCUUUCUUCUCUUUCUUUUUUUUUUUUUUCUUGUUUUUCUUUUCUUUUUUUUUUAAAUUCUUCUUCUUUUUUCUUUUUUUCUUCUUCUUCUUUUUUCUUUUGUUCUUCUUCUUAUUUUUUCUUUUAUUCUUCUUCUUGUUUUUUCUUUUAUUCUUCUUCUUAUUAUUUUUUCUUUUAUUCCUCUUCUUGUUUUUUCUUUUAUUCUUCUUCUUGUUUUUUUUUUUAUUCUUCUUCUUGUUUUUUUUUUUAUUCUUCUUCUUAUUUUUUCUUUUAUUCUUUUUCUUGUUUUUUCUUUUUUUCUUCUUCUUCUUUUUUCUUUUGUUCUUCUUCUUAUUUUUUCUUAAAUUCUUCUUCUUAUUUUUUCUUUUAUUCUUCUUCUUGUUUUUUCUUUUAUUCUUCUUCUUGUUUUUUCUUUUAUUCUUCUUCUUGUUUUUUUUUUUAUUCUUCUUCUUGUUUUUUUUUUUAUUCUUCUUCUUAUUUUUUCUUUUAUUCUUUUUCUUGUUUUUUCUUUUUUUCUUCUUCUUCUUUUUUCUUUUGUUCUUCUUCUUAUUUUUUCUUUUAUUCUUUUUCUUCUUUUUUCUUUUUUUCUUCUUCUUCUUUUUUCUUUUGUUCUUCUUCUUAUUUUUUCUUUUAUUCUUCUUCUUGUUUUUUCUUUUAUUCUUCUUCUUGUUUUUUCUUUUGUUCUUCUUCUUAUUUUUUCUUCAUUUCUUCUUCAUUUUCUUGUUUACCUUUUUAUUCUUCAUGAUCUUAUUAAUCAUUUUAUUAUUGUUAUUAAUCUGUUUAUUUGUUUUAAUUUUCAAGUUAGUCAUUUUUGACAUCAUUUUAUUCCUAAUUAUCAUCGUCUUAAUCUAAAAAUCUAUUUUAAAUAUCUUAUUAUUUAUCUUAAUCUAAAAUAGGUUAUUUAUAGUUAUCAUCAAAAAUUCUUAAAUAUCUAUUUUAAUAAUAAGUAUUUUAUUAUGUAAUAGUAUUUGAUAUUCUGU